AUGCAGAAGUUCACUUUUGUACUGAAGCACAAGUCGGGAAAACAGAACAAGGUGGCUAAUGCCUUGAGUCGACGACUGGCUUUGCUCGCGACAUUACAGUUCGAGAUAACAAGCCUAGAGCACUUACGGGCUCUAUAUGCCGAAGCUGAGGAUUUCAAAGAAGAUUGGGAAAAGUGCAUGUCGAUGCAGUCAAAUGUGGACUUCCACAUUCAAGAGGGAUAUCUAUUCCAAGGAAACCAACUUUGUGUUUCCCGAACCUCUUUGCGUGAACAGAUCUUGCGUGAGUUACAUGGAGGAGGUCUCAAUGGUCAUGUGGGUCGGGAUAAAACCAUUUCAUUGGUCUCAGAUAGGUAUUAUUGGCCACAGCUUAAGCGAGAUGUCGGCAAAUUUGUGCAAAGGUGCCCUGUGUGUCAGACCGAAAAGGGAGGAACGUAG